AUGGGGUGGCCUAAAAAGAUACCACAGUUAUGUAAACCUUAUCUUAAUUAUAAAAACAAUUUUAGUGUGGUCGAUGGUUGUUUGAUGCUAGGCCACAAAGUCGUAAUUCCUUGUAAUUUAAAAGGAAUUAUAUUAAAACAACUACAUUCUCCUCAUUUCGGAAUGGUCAAAACUAAAAGCUUGGCUCGUUCUUAUGUAUGGUGGCCGCAAAUUAGUUAUGAUAUUGAAAAUGUAAUUAAAUCUUGCGAAUAUUGUUUAAAAACUAAAAGUGAUCCUCCCAAAACACCAUUAAAAAAUUGGGAUUUUCCUGAUAGACCAUGGGAAAGAAUUCAUAUUGAUUUUUUAGGUCCAAUUCUUGAUAAAUAUAUUUUAGUGUUAGUUGAUGCUCAUACAAAAUGGCUAGAAGCUGUUGUCACUUCAAACACUAAAUCUAGUGCAACAAUAAAUAUUUUAAGGGAUAUAUUUUCGAGAUUUGGCUUACCUUUUCCUUUAGUUUCUGACAACGCUACUACUUUUAAAUCUAAUGAAUUCCAAACAUUUUUAGGUAAAAACAACAUAGAAUUUAAAGAAAUUGCACCUUUUCAUCCAGCAUCUAAUGGUCAAGCUGAAAAUGCGGUUAAAACAGUUAAACAAGCACUACUUAAGAUUUUAAAAAGGAGUUCAUUGCCAGAACUUAACCGUAAUUUAAACAAUUUUCUUUUAUCUUAUCGAAUUACACCACACUGUUCUACAGGAAAAUCUCCAGCCAAUUUAAUGUUUCAAAGAAACAUUUUUGGAAUAACAAUGUAA